GGAACUGUGAGCUUUUGAGUAAUGAAGACCCAUCGCCUUGUACUCCCAACUCCUGACAACAACAGGGAAGAGGAAAUCUGAGAAACCAUUCUCUUGAGAUGAGUCAGAUACCAGGAAAGGAGUUAAACAGAACAACUGCCCAAAGGCAAGAGCUGGUUCCUUGUACAACCUGUGGAAGACGUUUUGCUCAAGAUGUGCUGCUGAGACAUGAUCCCAUAUGCAAGAAGGUCUUCAACAAGAAGCGCAAGCCCUUCAACUCUUCGAAGCAGAGACUGCGGGGAAUAGAAAUCUCCACGGUGAAGAGGCAGCCCCCACCAAAGAAACGGCCAGGGAAGAAAUCUAACUGGAGGCAGCACCAUGAGGAUUUUAUCAAUGCUAUUCGAUCAGCCAAGCAGGUCACAAAAGCUCUGAAGGAGGGCCGUCCUCUUCCGCCUCCUCCCCCGCCAAGCAUCAAUCCAGACUAUAUUCAGUGUCCACACUGCUUACGAAGAUUUAAUGAGGCUGCAGCAGAGAGGCACAUGAAGUUUUGUGAAGAACAGGCUCUCCACCGUGCCUUUGCUGCCAAGAUCACCCAACGGCCUUUGGGCAAGCAGCCAGCGACUCAGAAGAAGCCCCCACCCUUAACAAGUGCGGUGUUAGCGCUUCAGAAGAGAGUACAAGAAGGUGCCAAUACAGACAAACCUGUGCCAAAGAACCCUCCAGGAAUGCUGCAGAAAGCCAGAAAACCUUUGGAUGUAUCUCCUGGGAAAAAUUCUUCAGGAGAGUUUGGACUGGCUGUGGAAAAACUCUUGGGAAUUAACAGUGACCCACUGAUUAGGAAAACAGAGUCCCAACAGGAAAAGCUGGCAGAAGGAGUUAUUUCCAGCCCUAGGAAAGACGGCAGGAGAUGCGCGCAGCCGUAACGGGAUCUUCUUCAUUUAACAACGGGGAACAAGGAGUUCUACAGGAGCCCGGAAUCUGCCGUGUCCCAUCCAGCCAUGCCUGCCCAAAUCUUGCCUUGGACUGGACUAUGACCUCCUCUGACAAAUACUUUCAGUCAAUAAUACAACAAAUAGAAAAAGAGAGGAGUGGUUAUGCUCACUGGUUAAAGAUCCAUUAGUUAUUUAAAAAAAAAAGAAGAAAAAUAACACUGGGGUCAUGAUUUACAUGACUCCCUGGUCCUGUACACAGUUUUGUUCAGCUAUAAUAAAA